AUGGGUCCGCCCCGCUCGGCUCGCCUCUUGUGGCUCUCGCUGGCGGCGGCCGCCGUCUGCGCGUCGCUCCUCCCGCGCGGCGCCGUCGCGUGCGGCCCGGGCCGCUCGCUCGGCGGCCGCCGCCGUCCGGCGCGUCGCCUCUCGCCGCUGUCGCUGCGCCAGUUCGUGCCGCGCGCGCCCGAGGGGGCGCGGGGCGCCAGCGGCGGCGGGGCGGGGCGCGUGGCGCGCGGCUCGGAGCGGUUCCGCGCCGAGCUGAGUCCCAACUACAACCCCGACGUGGAGUUCAAGGACGAGGAGGGCACCGGAGCCGACCGCCUCAUGACGCAGCGCUGCAAGGACUGUCUCAACUCGCUCGCCAUCUCGGUGAUGAACCAGUGGCCCGGCGUGAAGCUGCGCGUGACCGAGGGCUGGGACGAGGACGGCCACCACGCGGACGAGUCGCUGCACUACGAGGGGCGCGCCGUGGACAUCACCACAUCGGAUCGCGACCGUGCCAAGUACGGCAUGCUGGCGCGACUCGCGGCCGAGGCGGGAUUCGACUGGGUCCACUACGAGUCCAAGGGCCACGUGCACUGCUCCGUCAAGGCCGACGACUCAGCGGCUGCGCGCGCCGGUGGCUGCUUCCCAGGCGCCGCUCGCGCCCUCCUCGAGGACGGCCGCACGCGCCGUGUGGGCGACCUGCGUCAGGGCGACCGCGUCCUCGUCGGGGACCCCGCGUCGCCGGCGCGCGGCCCCUUCUUCAGCGACUUCGUGGCCUUCCUGGAUGCGCGGCCGCGGGAGCGCGCGCGCCUCGUGGCCGUCGAGACGCUGCGGCCACGGCGCUCGCUGCUGCUCACGCCGGCGCACCUCCUCUUCGCCGCCGAGUCGCCCGCAGGGCCCUUCGCGGCGCGCUUCGCCAGCGGCGUGCGGGCGGGCCACUACGUCUACGUGGCCACGGUGGCGGCGGGGCGAGCGGGAGACGGAGGAGGAGGUGGAGGAGGUGGAGCGUCGCCACGGAAGAGGCGGCUGCUCCAAGCGGCGCGCGUCGAGCGCGUGCGGGAGGCGGCAAUGCCCGCGGCUCUGUACGCGCCCGCCACGGCGCACGGCACCAUCGUGGUGGAGGGGGUCCUCGCCUCGUGCUACGCCGCCACGGAGCGCCACGAGCUGGCCCACUGGGCCCUGGCGCCGAUGCGCGCCGUGCUCGCGCUGCACGGCCUUCUCCUGCCGCUGACGGUGCCGGACGCGGCGGCGCUGCCCGCGAACAGCAGCGGCGGCGGUGGUAGCGGUGAUGGCUGUGGCGGCGGUGACGGCUGUGGCGGUCUGCACUGGUACCCGGCGGCGCUCUACACGCUGGGCAGGUGGCUGCUUGGGGACGAGGCUUUGCAUCCCCUGGGCAUGGUGGAGGAUCCCACAUGAGCAGCGAUGGCAGCAGCAGCAGGGUGACGGUUGGGCAGGAGAAGGAUUGUGAUGGUAGGAGGUGGAUGAUGAUGUUGUCGAUGGUGGUGGUGGUGGUGAUAGGGGAAGUUGUUGAUAACCCUCCGUUGAGUGACUGAGGAUGUCAGGGUUGGGCUGCGUAGUGUUUGACGGACCCCUGGAAUACAGGGGGACAGUGUUGCUCUCUGUGUGUCUCCGUUUCACCCCCCCCCCCCUCGUUGAGUCGGAGCGGCAAUUAGAGCAUUGUGACGUCACCGUAGCCCCACAUGCGACGCGGACAGGCCGCGAUAUCCUCGAAGCUCCCAGGCACGUGGAGCGAAACGUCAGACAAAGCUGGAACACGAAAAAAAACGCGGAGUCACCGCGGUGGCCAUGAGAUGUUAACUCCCUCGCCUGGUAUGCAGAAGGUUGUGGGUUCGAUCACGAACUUGACGCCUGCUGCUGUAUAUUUGGAGUUUGCGGUGUCUUUCUCGCUCCCCGCGGUAGCGUAGAUUUUUCUCUGGGUCCUCCGGUUUUUCCCCCCAUAUUUAGAAUCAACUUCACGCGUUUAGCGCAUUUGGCUGCUUACGACACAUUUCCACGUGAUAAGCUAUAAUUUGUGAUAGCCAGGUAAUUUGUGAUAGCUCAGUGGUAGCCUUACCUGGUGAAAUACAAAAUAAUCUAUUGGCGCGAGAAGUGCUGUGGGCGAAACUCUAUUAAGGCCGACAAUGGUACAGACCAUCGCCAUCAGGCUUCCUUACACACCAAUCGCGGUUGUGUUGACUGGAUAGUGCCGAAACACGUUCCUUCGGAGUGGGCAGGUAGCAACUUGGUUGGACAGCGCAUUCGUGCACGACAGAAAGCUCGCGGUCACGUGACACACUUCAUCCAAUCCGGGAGCGUACAUGUUUGGGAGGGGCUAUGCACGACAGAAAUAAUCCCUGGUGGGCAGGGAGGAACUGUUGUUCCUACCUGUAUUAAACUCGUGUGGGGCCUGUAGCAUAUGUGAUCAAGGGGCCCUGAACUCUCAGAGCUCUCGCACACCGUUCAUGAACAGCUGAGAUCUGCCCAUUGAACGCAACCCAGGAUGCGCAUCAUUCUGAUCCAAUAUAAUUUGAUAUUUAUAGAGCGCCUUCGUUCAAGGCCGCUUGACAUAAUAAAAAAACCCGGUGACAGAAUGGAAUUGUUGAGAUGGCAGGGGCGUGCAAGGUAUUGAGGAAUGACCAUGAUAGAGGGGUACUUGGGGAUUACUAUAGGGAAGGGGAAAGGGAU